ACCUCAAGACGGAGGCCGCCAUCUUGGCCAGCAGGCGCCCCGAGUUGCCCGUGACGACGUCAGCGAAGGAAGAAAUGGCCAAGUUUUGGGAGAAGAACACCGAAUCCAAACGGCCGUUGUCCCCGCAUAUCAGCAUUUACAAGUGUGUCUCUCUUUGCGGUCAGUGCCUUGGCUCUUCCUGGACAGUUUCCCGACUACCUGGAUAUGAUUAAGUCGUUCUGCCUGGGACCCGCUCUAAUUUAUUCUGCCAAGUUUGCUUUGGCCCUCCCUCUGACCUAUCACACCUGGAAUGGGAUUCGGCAUUUGGCCUGGGACAUGGGCGUGGGUUUCAAGAUACCCCAGUUAUACCAGUCAGGUGUACUGGUUCUCAUCCUGACGGUUUUCUCUUCCCUUGGGAUCGCGGCCAUGUGAUGAGAUACGAAACACGCCUCUCCCUUUGCUCGCUCCCCAACUUUCUAACUUUGCACCCCCGAAAAAAAUGGGGCUCAAUCAAGGACUUCGGCUUGUUAAUUAGAAAAAUAAUUGGAAGGGGCUGAAAUCGGCCAAAUUCACAUUUUUUUUUUUCCUUUACACAGUUGGAGACCGUUCUCCAUGGAUUCUGGUAGGAACUUUCUCAUUCUCAUUAUUAUUAGUUUUCUUCACUUCUUUUCAUCGCGAGAGAGCCACAAUUUUUACUCUUUCCCCCCUGAUCGAGGCUUAAAACCCCGCCGCUUAAAAAAAACUCAGCUGAGCUUUCGAAACUGACAUUCUCCCACGGGCCGAACGCGAGCCCCUUUGCUCUCCGCUGCUUUCUCAAGAACAAUCUCCCCCUUUGAAAGAACCACCUGGGGCCAGCGUGCAAACGAAUGUGUGGGCGCACACCCAUUCCGCAAAAGGAACAACGCCGUCCAUUGAGAGCGAGCCGGCGGAGAAGAGUCACACAUUGGUUUGACAACCUCCAGUCUGGCUUUUAUGAUUGUUGUUUUUCCAAGUGGGCCCGGAGCUCGGAGGGACGUGUGUUUGGGUGUGUUUGGGUGCGUGUGAAGGCAGGGUGAAAUCUUGCAAACUUUGCUUUGCAAGGCGGUAGGGGGGGGGGGGGUCAGGAACAGCCCCUACUUUUGCAAUUAAAUUUUGGGCAGAUUUUUUUUUCCUCGGCCUUAAUUAAAUUAAUUGUUCGGAUUAAUCGUUCCUGGUCGCUUUUGAACCAACGUCAAAAGACUUCCCCUCCCUAAAAAAAUAUAACCCACCCGUUUAGUUUUCUGUAAAUAUACCCGUCUCGAUUUUGCUUUUCCACUUGUGAACGUUGAGCUGGCUGUCACAGCCCCCUUUCCCGAAAUGAAGUCUCUUCUCUUGGGGGGUUUGUCCACCCACCCACCCCAACUCCAUGAAGAUUAUUUUCCGGUUAAUAAUAAACGUUGAAAAAUCGA